CUUAGUUGUAACAAAACAAACAAAUCAAAUGUUUUCAUCUCUCAAUUUCUCGGAAUUUAUGAAAUCUUUCAUUUUGAUAAACGAUGAAUUUCAACCUAAUAGUGUUUACCAACAUUAUCCAGAAUUAGCAACAUUUGUAUUUGUUGUAGACUCUGCAUAUGAAUUUGAAAAUAUUUCAGCAAUAUUAAAUACAUCGAUUUGGUGGAAUUAUGAUUCCAAAUAUAUCAUAAUUAAAUCAUCUCAAUUUUGUAAUGAUGCUUCAAAUAUAUUGAACGUAGCAUGGAAUUAUAAAUUAUUAGCAACAAUUUAUUUAUGUGUUGACGAUCUAACAAAUAAUGUAACAUUAUACACAUAUAAUCCUUUUGCUAAUCGUGCACCUUCUCCUUGGAUAAUUGUAAAGAACAACAAUAAACCACGUAAUUCUUGGACACUUUUUAAACGAUCAUAUGAAGAAGAUGAUGAAAAAUGUGCUAAUGUAAUUUAUGAUAAAACAAAAUUUAUGGAUGGCUACGAAAUGAAAGGCAUAGCAAUUCCACAGCCUGAUGCAACAUGGCAUCCAAAAGUUCUUUAUAACGUUUCAUCACUCGAUGAAAGAUUAAAUAAUAAAGAUUAUAAUUUUGUAAAAGCCUUAAUACACAGUUGGAAUAUUACCAUAUCUGUUCGCUUCGCAGUAACGUAUUUUGUUGCAGAAAAGGACACUUAUGAAUUAUUAUUAACUCCUUUGUUUAGAAUUACAUGGGAUAGAGAUGUAACAGUCCCAAUUUAUCCAUUUGAAACUACUUCAAUAGUUAUUUUAACCCAAAAACGGCCUUUUCUUACUCCGGAAGACAAAAUUAUAUCCUUUUAUAGUCGAGCAAUUAUUUUGAGUAUUAUUUUUGUCUGCAUUAUGACGAUAAUUGUUUUAAUGAUAAACCAAAGACAAAAAAUUUCUACUGCAAUGCUUGAAAUUGUGAGACUCACAGUAUAUUGUGGUAUUCAGCAACCUUUAUCGAAUUUACCAAUUCGUAUUUAUUUUUUUGGAAUUUUUUGGCUUGUCGUGAUAAUAAAUGCAACUUUUCAAGGUAACCUAGCAACAUUUUUAACAAAACCUGAACGCAUAUACAUGGAAUCAUUAGCAGAUCUACUAAAUUAUGAAUAUGAUAUCUACACAUAUCCUCAAGUUCAUUACAAUUUCGAAGAGAUUUUUUCAUCGAUAAAAGUCAACCAGACUCUUAAUGUAAAUGGAUAUCAAGUUGUUACGAAUAAUUCUAAAGCUGCUUAUAUAGUUGCAAAUACUCGUGGAUACGCUCCAGCAUUUAAAUAUCAAUUACAUGUUUCGAAACCAAUUUUAAGAGAUUAUAUGUCCAUGGCUACCUGUAGAGCAGAAUUUCUAUUUACCAAAAAAAUUGAUGAUGUAGCAUCCAGGUGUUUUGAAUCUGGUCUUCUAUUUUUUUGGGAAGAUCAACAACUACAUCAAUUCAGAAGUAAUUUAUCAAAUACAGAAGAAUUAGAAACUCAGCCUCGAUUUCGACCUAUUAAUUUAGUUGAUCUUGCAUUUGCUUUUAAAGUUUUUAUCAUUAGUAUUGGUUGCUCUAUUCCGGUCUUCGUUAUUGAAGUGAUGAGCAACAAAAUUAUAAAAUAA